AAUUAUUAAUUAUUUGGAGUUUUUUUUUUUUUUUUACAAUUGAGUUAAAUAUAAAAUGUACACUAUUAAACACAGGCGUGUGAGUAGUAUGAAAAGAGGGCUUCUACUCCAGGUUCAGGUGCAGAAUCAAGGAGCAAGGAUUUUUUUUUCCUACAUGUACCACGUACUCGACCUAUUUAGACCACGCCCCCCUUUUUUUUCCACACUGUUAACACCAAAUACUACUAUCGCCUUACCCUACCCGCCGACCCUUUUAACAUACCUACACACACAUACAUACGCACAUAAACGUAUGUGAUGUUGUUGGCAGAUGUGUUCGAAAACUUCCGCGACAUUUGUAUGAAGACGUAUAAUUUAGAUCCGGCGUACUAUUACACAGCACGAGGAUUCAGCUUCGACCGUAUGCUGAAAUAUACGGCUAUUGAAUUAGAACUUCUGACAGACUACAAUAUGUUGCUGAUGUUCGAAAGAGGUAAACAUUUUAUGUUAUUUUAUACAUAUUAACUAUCAUUAUAUUAAUUUGAUUUUAUAGGUGUACCUAGUGAAUUGGUACAGGCGAGCAAACGAUACGGGAAGGCGAACAAUCAUACGGUGGAAGACUAUGACAAGACGAAAGAAGAUUCAUGGAUUACAUAUCAGGAUUGUAAGUAUACAUAGUAUUUAAAAUAUAUAUACAGUUGCAUGUAAAAAUGUCAGGUCAAACAUAAUUUUGUGAUUAAGUAGUAUAUAAAAGGCGCAAUGUAAAAAAAUUGAUAUAUCAGUUGAUAUUUAAUAAAUAUAAUGGAUCAUUCGCUAUUUGAGAAUGAUACAAGCUUAUCUACAAGCAAAAUAAUUUAAAAUUUAUCAAAUAUAAUAGAACUCCAUGCCACUUGCUGCAGCCCUUUGAGGCCACUGCCGCCUCAAUCAUACUAUUGUAUAUUAUCUUAUUCUCACAAUUCGUUUAUUAGUUAUUCUAUAUCGACAUUGACGCGAAGGCCAUCUGUUCUGUUUUUUUUAAGCCCACAAAUUCCAAUGGUUUUUUUUUUUCAUUUGAGAAGAAUCCAUAUCCAAUCCAUUACCUUCAUUAAGGACAUUUAAAUAUGAACUCAACAUCAACAUCAAUCGGCCCUUCGAUGAUACUGAUCAUCAUUUUCUCGCACUAUAUACCAUUAUAAUUAUUUUUAUACAAAUUUCAAAUCAACACAACACUAUUUUUUUUUUUUAUGGUUGACCUUUUUUUGGCUUAUUUCAGCAUAUAAAAUUUAACAGUUUUUUCAAUUGAAAAUGAAGCGACUUGACCUUUCAAGAAAUCCUAAGACGAUCACUUUGAUGAGAAUCCUGCACAUAGCAACAACUACGUUCCACUUACUUCUUUCGAGGAUCUCUUUCGAAUAGCUAGCUCCGACUUUUAACAACUAUAAUCACUUGUAUUCAAUUUAUUUAUUAAUUUACUUUGUAAUUCAACCUUUUAUUUUCCUAAUAUAAAGAUUAGCAUUUUUUUUUCUGAUUGCACACAGGUGCUAAGUGUUAAUUAAUUAAAUUGUGAUUGCCGUCCAAGGACUCAAGGAUCACAUGAGGUUAUCCAUAAGUAUACACCCUAGCAUUCCAACACCGUGGGCAGUUAAAAUAAUUAUUGAUUCAGGACUCCUUAUUGAAUCCCUUUCAAACAUUGGAAGGAAGGUAGUAAUAUAAUUAGUAGCCUGAACUUUUAUUAUGAUUAAAGAUAAAUCAUUCUUUGUAGCACCAAAAACUAGAUCAAUUGUUUUAUAUUAUUUAGGUACAUUUAUAUACCUACUCCUCUAUAUUUUAUUCUUUGUAGGUACUUGUACGUAAUAUCCU